GGCAGUGGAACAGUCGAUUUUCCAGAAUUCCUGGACAUGAUGGCCAAAAAAAUUCAGAGCACCGAUUCAACUGGGGAGGUGAGGGAGGCCUUUAGAGUUUUUGACAAGAUGAAUGAAGGCAGAAUAAAUGUCAACGAGUUGAGGUUCGUACUGGCGAACAUCAACUGCCAACUGACAGACGAGGAGAUAGAUGAACUCAUUCAGGAUGCCGACCAGAACCAAGAUGGAUUUAUCAGCUUCGAA